GCAAAACAUAACCUCGUUAAUAAAUCAACUGCAAAUUUCCAAUGAGAUUAAAAAAUAUUAUACAUAAUAAUUUAUUUAUACUUACUAUCAAAUUCAAGAAUUUUCACCUCAUAUCUUGUACUGAUUUGAGUACUUGGAUCCUCCCAUAGAAUUUUUAUUACAUUGCCUUUCUUCCGGCGAGUCUUUGGCAAUUUAUUUGUUUCAACUACAUAUCUUUCCUUGGUACGAAUGAACCAUAUCAAUGCAUAUGUAAAAUCUUCCAAUUUUUUAUUUUUGGGUGGCAUUACGAAUGAAUUAUUAUUAUUAAUAUUAAAUAAUAAAAAGAACACGGCGAGAGUAUUAAAAUAACCACAAUAAUGCUCUGAAAAAGGUCGUUCGUCAGAUUGUUUCCUAUUGUUGAUUCCGCCAUGAUCGAUUUCUGUUGGGUUUCACAGAUAAUUAUGUGAUUGGCUAAAAAGUGGCGGGAAAUUUGAAAACUCAGAAACUCUUUAAUUAAACAACCAAUAAUAUCGUACUAUUAGAUCAUUACGCAUUUUUAAGAUUGGUGGCGUUCCAGUCUAAAUUUUUUUCGAUGUGUUAGUAAAUUCACGUAGUAUUUAUAAAUGUAUUUUAUAAAUAUAUACCGCAUGUAAACAGUCUCAACGUAACCUCAUGGUACAUUUAAUAAACAACGAGUAAUAUUUGCAUCAAUAAAAAUAAUUUCAAUUGAGUGUUAAACUCAAAAUUCAAAGAGAGAUACGCAAAUAUACUAAUAUUUAUUGUGAUUAAGAAUCCAUCGGGUAUUAAAAGUGAAAAUGUCUAACAAAAGUUUCCAUGAUUUGUCUAAACGAAGGAAGAGAGACUAUCUCAAUAGUAUUCGAACAAGAAAUGAUGUUCUUCCGCAAAAUAAUAACAAUAAUGAAGUUGAUAAUAUUCCAUUGAACCAAAGAAUCGAUGACAACAUUAUUGAAAAUAGAAACAAUUUAAAUGAAGACGAGAUCAACUUGGAUGGAGUCUUGGAGUUUCAAAACAUAGUGGAUGCUAGGCCGAUGGACUGUGUAAGACAACGAAAUAUCCUCGAAAAUUCCACUCCAAAUCAACUGAUUAACCCUAGGGUUAAUGACGUAGUAGCAGAAAAUGGUUUAGCAGCUGUCAAUGAAGAACAUUACGAUGUGGAUAAUGCAAAUCUUUAUCCUGAUGAUGUGCAUGAACAGAGAGAAGAAGUUAUGAUGCCAAAUAGAAAUAUUCACACUUCUAAUGUUGUCUGGAAUGAAGUAGAAGAAGAAGAAGAAGAAGAAGAGGAACAAAUUUUUGCUGAAGAAGACGAUGAAGAGGAGAACUUAAGAGACACUAACAAUCUGAAUUAUGAUUUACCUCUCUACAAUGAAGCACCAUUAACAAUUACUCAAAGUAUGUUAUUGAUUGCGACUUUGUUAAUUACUCAUAACAUCACGCAGUCAUGUCUUAUUGACAUUAUAUCUAUAAUAAAUUUACAUUGUUUAAGUGACGGUCUUCAUAAAAAUAGUUUGUUUAAAUUCAAAAAGUUUUUUGCUUUGGGAAAUUAUAACUACACUAAUCAUAAGAAACAUUAUUAUUGUUCAAAUUGCCUAAAAGGCUUAACCUCUUCAAAUGAAGCUUGUCCAGAAUGCUUAAACAGCAAAACAGUUCACUUUAUAACCUUAUCAAUUUCCGAGCAACUGCAAGAAUUAUAUAACCGGCCAGGAUUUUACCAACAAUUGCAAAACCGGUUCCGACAGCCAUAUUUGAAUGGAAAUAUCAUGAAUGAUGUCUACGAUGGUUCUUUAUACAAAAAUAUUGAGAGCAACGGUUAUUUAUCUAACCGAAAUAAUAUAUCAUUCAUGUGGUAUACUGAUGGUGUUCCGGUUUUCAAAUCGUCACAAAUAAGUAUUUGGCCUUUGUACUUAACGAUCAACGAAUUACCUUUUAAAGAACGGGCCAAGCGUCAUAACUUAUUGUUAGCUGGAUUGUGGUUUGGUAAAACUAAACCUGAUGCUAAUCUAUUUAUCGAUAAGCUGCACUCACAAUUCACAAAACUUCUUGAAGGUGUGAAGUAUGCUCUAUCUGAUGGACAGGAAAUAUUUGUUCAAGCAGCAUUGCUAUUUGGUACGUGCGAUAAUCCUGCCAAAACACAUUUUCUAAACUUUAAACAGUUCAAUGGUUUUUAUGGUUGCCCAGUUUGCUUAGAACCAGGAGAGAGUUAUCGUUGUUCAACUGGGGGAACGACGCACGUUUACAGAUUCACUCAAAAUCCAAGUAUGCGAACAACUGAGCAGUCUAUACAGCAUGCAAAUAUUGCAUUAGAAAAUAACAGCGAACACUUUGGAGUCAAAGGUCCAUGUGCUUUAUCAAACAUAAUGCCGGAUUUUAUAGCAGGAACAGCAAUCGAUAAAAUGCAUUGUGUAGAUAAUGGUGUGGUAAAAAAACUCUUGUCUUUGUGGUUCGACAGUACUUAUAAUAGUUUUCGUUAUUCACUAUAUCCUGUAAUUCAGGUGAUUAAUGAUCGAUUAACUAGUAUAAAACCACCAAAAUUCGUCCACCGAUUGCCACGAACAAUAGAAGAACUAACUCACUGGAAAGCUUCAGAACUUAGAAUGUGGUUUUUCUAUUAUUCGCUACCAGUCUUAUCUGAUGUAAUGCAAAAUGUUUUUUUUGAACAUUUUAUGCUAUUAGUUAUAGGUAUUGCAUACCUUUCAUCUGAUAGUAUUACGCAUGAAAUGAUCGAUGAAGCACAAAGGUUAUUAAAUAAAUUUGUCAGUGAUUUUGAAACGCUUUAUGGGCUCCAAAAUUGUUCUAUUAACAUACAUUCACUUCUUCACUUACCAGAAUAUGUAAGACGAAUUGGGCCUUUGUGGACAACUUCUUGCUACGUCUUUGAAGAUUUGAAUGGGCAAUUCUUGAAAUUAAUACAUGGGACCAGGUACAUUGAUUCCCAAAUUGCAAAUAUACAUGGUCAGUUACUCAGGAUGCACAAAUAUCAAGAACAGCUACCUGACGGACCUUUACGGGAUUUUUGUAUCAUCAGAAAAUACGGAGUUAAAAUUUGCGAAAAGAUAUUCAGACAUUGUUACAGUGUUGGAACUUAUGUCUAUUUCGAUGAUAUUCCGCAAUUUUUACAUAGAGCAGUACAACACUUACUACCGAUUAGAAACAUAAAAAAAUACCAUCGAUUAUUGAAAGACUGUCAAUUGUAUGUUUCGGAACAGUAUUCACGAGAUUUAAAAACACUAUCAUCUGACGUACAGUAUACGGAUCAUGCAGGAAUACCACGUUUCGGCAGAGUUUGUUGCUUCAUCAAAAUUACUGAGUGCGAAUGCUUAAAUACUUGUCACUGUGAUGGCACUCAUCAUGCGAUAAUAAAAAAAUUUGAAUUCAACGAUGCUUUUCAACUGUCAUAUAACAACGAAAAUAUAACGGUACCACAUUUAUAUGAAUGUACGAUAACUGAAGAACCUAUAGCUGUUCCAGUAAAAUUUUUAAAAUCUGUUUGUAUAUCUAUAAAAAUAGAUCAUCGAUUAUUUGUUGCUCAACCAGUAAACACGAAAGAAUUAGAAUAAUAAGUAGAAUUUAAUGUUGUGAUACUGAAUAAAAUAAUUAAAAGUACUGUUCAUUUGUGGUGGUAAAAUUACUAUUACUUUUUUUAACUUUUCCUGAAAAUAAACUUGUGAGUUUCUCGAGUAAACAAA